AUGUCUGAAAAAGGAGCAGAUACUUGGAAGAGUUUCAAGACUGGCUUUGCAAGAGCAAAACAUAGAGUUUUAGCUAAAGUAGGUGCUGCAGAGACAACAGUCGAUACAAAGAUUCAAGUAGAAUCUGAAAAGUUAUUCACUUUAUUCAAGUUGAUGAAGAGAUUGAAUAAAAAUGUUGAGAAAUAUCAAGAAAUUAUUAAAAAUAUUUCAAUCUUACAAAAUGAAAUGGCACAUGAUAUCUUAUCUUUUGAUGAGAAGGAUCCAAAUAAUUUGGCCUAUCAAGAAUCGAUGCGUGAGUUGGAACGUCAACGUGUUGUAAUGGAGGAAUUUAUUGAGACCUAUUAUCACGACCCGUUGCGUCAAUAUCUAGCACAGUUCAGAGAGAUCAGAGAGAGACUCGAAGAGUUGGAUCUCAGACGUUUGGACAUGGAUAGAUACUUCCGUGAUUACUCGAUCAAAGCAAACAAGGGUAAGGAUGCCACUUCGCUCGCCAAGACAGAGUCGAAACAUCAAAAGACCAAAGAAGGUUAUCAGACUUUGAGUGACGAGUUGAUGCGUGACAUGCCAAUGUUGUACAACGACAGACAAACCGUGUUCGAUCCGGCAUUCGCUGCGCUGAUCAAUAGAAGUGCAGAGUUUUUCAAUGGUACACACGCUGCCUACGGUCGAUCGCUACACUCUGUCCAAUCGAUCAACGAGUACGACGUUAUCAAUCAUCCAUGGGUGAUCACUGCAACAGAGUUGUCGUCAAUCUCGACCAACGUGCGUUCAUCCGCUGUAUUCACCACAAAGAUCGAUUCAAACUAUUCGCCACCAACCUCGAGAAGUCGUGCCUCUACCAUCGCCACAACCACACCGACCAACAACAGCGCCAACAACAACGAGCACAAUGCCUAUGGUGAUCACUACCACGAAGCACCACCACCUGUUACAUUAAACAAAUACGAACAACCAUCUGCGCCAUACCAACCACAACCCACAUACACUACCACCACAACCACCACUUCCUACACACAAAGCUACUCGCCACCAGCAUCUCAGCAACACCAAUACCAAUCGCCACCACCUCAGCAACAGAUGCAUAACCUCAAUUUGAACGGUGCCAACAACCACACUGCCAAUCUCUCUAAAUCACCAUCUCCCAAAUUUUCACCACAAACCACUCAGCAACCGUCUGGUAUGACCGUGAUCAAACCGGCACCAGGCAGUAGCACCUAUGGAACCGUUGCCUUCUCUGGUUCAAACCCUGGCGGUGCAGGCUCCACCGGUGGAGCACCAAGAGCCAAUCCAAAUGCAGGUAGAGCACUUCCAAAGCCAGCCGGUAUCGUACCGCCAUCAAAGGCAUUGCCAACUGCCGAGGCAAUCUAUGACUUUGCUGGACAAGACCAAACAGAACUCAGUUUUAAGAAAGGUGAUAUCAUUUCAUUACACUCAACCACCGGAGAUUGGUUAGAUGGUGAAUUACAUGGUCGUAAAGGUUUAAUUCCAUUCAACUAUGACAAACAUACAAUCGUUUUGAUUCAACCAGAGUACAAAAAGGCAUCACGUACUUUUAUCGAUUAUGAAUCUGUUGAUGCUGCUUUAGAAGGUAUUUGUUUCAUGUUUGAGCAAAGACUUAAACAAAUGCGUCCAAAUCAAAAGAAUAUUACCUAUGAUGUUCAAUCAUUAUUUAAAUACUUGGACGAAAUCCCAGAUUUAUCAUGUUUAAUUUAUACUCCAUCAAUUAAUGCUUACACUCCAUACAACAAGGAAUGGAUUAAGAACAAGAUUGUUAUCCUUCUUCAAAAGAUGGCUCGUUAA